GCACCUUUCGGAGUUUCCUUAUGAACUUCUUCAACUGUAGUACGUUAUUUGGCCAGGGUGUGAAAACAUGGCAAAAUUGAGAUGCUUAGAGCUGGACCUGAGCAAGGAGAGAUUCAACGACGCCGGUUAUCCCACCGUAACCUCCGAUGAACAAAUAAAAGUUGAAUGUUCUGUUGCUGCAUUAUACAACUGGGUUAAAACCACAAAUGAAUCUACGAAAGGACCAAUUUUACACAGAGAACGACACGUGAACUACUUAAAGAAAGGCUUGGCAAAUCUUCCAGAAGGUUGCACCGUUUUAGAUGCUAGUCGGCCAUGGUUUGUAUACUGGGCUCUCCAUGCAUUGGAACUCUUAGAUGUGAGACUGGAAAGGAAGGAAUCUGCAGCAAAAGUUGUAGAUUUUCUACGUCACUGUCAAAAUCCAACUGGUGGCUUUGGUGGGGGACCGGGACAGUAUUCGCACUUGGCACCAACAUACGCUGCAGUGAAUGCCUUAGUUAUUAUUGGAACAAAGGAAGCAUAUGAUGCAAUUAACAGGGAAAAAUUGCAAGAAUACUUAUGGAGCAUGCGAACUCCAGAAGGAGCUUUUCGUAUGCAUGAAGGAGGAGAAAUUGACAUUCGUGGCGUAUACUGUGCGGUUUCUGUGGCACGUCUUACAAAUAUUUGUACCAGUCAACUUUUCGAAAAUACUCCUCACUGGAUAAUGAGGUGCCAAUCAUAUGAAGGGGGCUUCAGUGGCGCCCCUGGUAUGGAAGCUCAUGGCGGCUAUACUUUUUGUGGAUUAGCAGCUUUAACACUUCUGAACUCCCACCACUUGUGCCACACUCCAGCUCUUCUGAGGUGGGCAGCUAAUCGCCAGAUGCCUUUUGAAGGAGGGUUUCAAGGACGUACUAACAAACUCGUAGAUGGGUGCUAUUCAUUCUGGCAGGGAGGUCUGUUUCCCAUCCUUCAUUCACUACUUAGUGAGGAAGAUGCGUCAAGUUUAAGCUGCGAUAAAUGGAUGUUUCAGCAAGAGGCACUUCAGGAGUACUUGCUUCUGUGUUGCCAGCAUCCAAGGGGUGGCCUGAUUGAUAAACCUGGCAAGUCUCCAGACUUUUAUCACACAUGUUACACUCUGAGUGGCAUGUCUGUAGCACAGCAUUUUUCGAGUGGGUCUGUUCACAAGAAGUGUAUAGUUGGGAAGCCUACCAAUGAAUUGGCUUUGGUGCAUCCCUUGUACAAUGUUGGACUGGAAGCAUCUAUAAGUGCCAGUCAGCAUUUCAACAACCUACCAGUGCCUCAGACAAUUAAAGUAGAAGAGGAAGCUCCAGCCCAAAGUUGAGGAACAUCUGUUUCUAGCCAUUGUUUAUGAGAUGCAUUAAUGUUGAAACUUUAUCACCAUUACUGUUGUAAAACACAUGAAAGAGAUGAAGUUUUAUUAGAAGUGGCAUGAUGUAUUGUUAAAUGUUGUUGGUAUCAAGGGAAUACUACUGUACUAACCUGCUGUAGUUUUCAUCAUUUUUAAAGAUCUCAGAAUAUCUGAUUUUGAAAUUGAAGGGUCUUAUCACUGUUUGAGAUACAGUAUUUGCAACAUAAGUUUGCUCCUAUGCCCUACAAAGGAAUUAUGCAAGCAGCUAUCAAGGAGGGUCUGCAAAAAAAAAAGUGGAAUUACUAAGAAAUGGGCUACAGCCAUUACUUGUGUGAGGUUGAUCUCUUUUUACAAAUUUGAUGUUUGGCUGACUGUACAGUCAUACUUUGUUACAUAUGUAAAUACAAAUUGUGACAAUUUUAUAAAUUGUCAGUUGUUAGGAAUUACAGUUUUUAUCUUGUUAAUAUCGAGCUAAGUUGUUCUUGACAAAGGCCCAGGAUAACCCCACAAGUUUCUCUUUAGUACAGUGUUGCCUUGCAUUGGGAAGUACUGUACCACUGUAUAUGAGACAAGAGUAUUCAUAUUUGUUUCCAAAUAUGAAUGGAAUGAAGGGAAACACUAAGAACUGUAUAUGGAUUCAUCACAUUGUGUGCUAGUAUUUUUUUUUAAACAGUGUCUUUAAAUAGAAAAACCAAAGAUGUACAGUAUUGAAUAUCAGUAGGCAUGUGAUGACUCUUGGUUGCAUUUCAGUUACUAUAAUCAUGGUAACCUUGCACAUGCUACUCAGGCUCUUGAUAUUUUUCAGAAUGAUUGUACAGUGUGAAUUGAAGGUAAGGGAUAUGGUAUUAAUCAUGAGAGUUAAAAGAAAACUCAUAAUCACUUGAGUAAAUAAAAUAAAAUGGAAAAGUAAAUCCACAAUAACAUGUCUGUUUGAUAUUGUUAAAUAACAAGAUUAAACACACACAAUAUUGUGGAUAUACUUUUCCAAUCAUGAGAAGAUUAGCAAUUUUAGUAUUCUUUGACUAAAAGAAGUUGUAGGUCUGGGUCCUUCAUUAUAAAACAGUAUAAAAAUCAUAUUAUCGUAUAUGAACAGCUGAGAUGCUUGAAUUAAGAUUAAAAUUUCAUGGAAUUAAGAUUAAAUUUCAUGGAGGGCUGUUUUAUUCCAUGGGUUAUCUCAUACAUUUGUGUUUUUCCCUGGAUUGUUGGUAUUGAAAUGAUGGUUUGAUGGUGAAAAUGGAAUUAAAAAACAAAGUAUUCUUUGAUGUUAAAUGCUCUGCAACAAUACCACAAUGUGUUCUAAUGUACAGCUGUGCUAAGUUAUCCUGUGCAGUUUUUAGAUAGAUGACUGGCCUCAGAUAUGGAGUAAUUAAGAGAUGACACUGUUUAGUGACUACAAAGGAACAUUUAUGAUUUUAACUAAUGGAGAGUAGAAGAAAACAAGCUGUGAGUGCAACCCAUCAACGCUUACUUGAAAAUGUUGUUUGUGCAUUUUUUUUAUUUAGUAAGAAAAAAAAAAAGAGGAUACUCUUUUAUGUAGUGGCGAUUACACUGUAGUUUAUGUACUUAGAAUUGUGAAAUAUGCCCUUUAUUUAUUUAUUUUUUUUUUUUUUUCCAUGAUAGAAAUUGAGGUUUAUCUCAAAUCUGGCAUUACAUGCUCCCCUGGUUAGUCACCAGUUACAUUACUAGUUACAUUACCUUAAAAUAUUCAGAACCACAUAGUAUAUUUUCUUCAUGAUUUUUAUGUUGUUUCUAUCUUUUUGUAUCCUGAUUCAUCAAGAAUGUAUAUUCUUUAGUUCUUUUUUAACAUUAUGUCCGUCCCUUUUUCCAAUGUGUAUUAGUGUUUAUAAAGCUGACCUGUGUUCUUACAUGUUUUUCAUGAGACCCAAUGGAUAGUAUGAUAUAUUUAUAACAUUUUUUUUAUAUGAAUUCACCUUAUGAAAUUAUCAAUAUGUCUAUAUACCUUAUGAAAUUAUCAAUAUGUAAUUGCCAUAGUACCCAGACAUUUGCAAUAGUAAUGGAACAGGUAGUAUGUAGAUGGAAAGACUUCUUUUCUUGCCCUGUAUGGGUGUAAGCGUUAGUUAUGAUUGUUUGAGAUAUUGCAGUAAAGUUUUUAUUAUUAGAAGGAAGUCAGUGAUGCAAAAUUUGUCAUAAGAAAGAGAAGCCUGUAUUGCUCAAGGCACUCAUACAAUGAUUUUUUAAUUUAAUUUUGAUUUUAAACAAAUGAAUUAAGGUCAUAAGCAGCCUAAUCAGCAGGAGGUUGGAAAUUUUAAGCUUCUGUCACAUCUCCUGGUAUUAAUAACUUGUCUUUUCAUGUCGCCUUUUAAAAAGUAGUGGUUGAACCUUUCCUUUUUAUUAUAUUUUAAGAUGUAAUUUCCAUAGCCUAUUUUUGAGGAAAUUUUUCCCCAUGAUAAAAUUUUUAUACUGCUAGUCAAAAGUGACUACUAUGCUUUUCAUUAUUUACCAGCUUAUAUUACUAGCUUUUAUAGAGAACCCUUACAUUAUCAUUAUGUAUUGGCAGCUCAAAAGUAUGACCAUGACAUGGUGUUAUGAGGUAAGGACUAUAAGUGAUGUACACAUUGGCAAUGUUGGAGCUGUCUAAAGGUGCUGAUCAUGUAAGAGCUCUUUCGUAUGCUUAGUUGCAGUAGUCAAAUAUGAUGCCUGAUAGCAGCUUGACCAUGGAUUGGCUCUAGUCAGUAUAUUUCUGUAUUUUUCUGGUGGUGCCUAAGCUAGGCAUCUUUUACUACUAUCCAUAUCAAACAUAACUUUCUGUAACUGGAUCAUAUUGUUGAAGGAAAAGUCUGAAGGAUAGCAAAGUAAGAUACGUAGUAGGACUUUAGUUCUAGCAACGAUAAAAUGCUUUGUUACUGACUUCCUAAAAUUGGCAGCAAGAGUUUUUACUGACAUUGGGUAUUUUUCAUCCUGUAUGCAUUUAUGGUAAAUUUGAAAGAAUAUUUAUGCCCUCAUGGAAAUACAAAUCCAUUGUAGAAAACACUUUCACUCAUACUCAUUAACCUUAUGUAUUCUCUUAACAGUCUGCAAGAGUACUCAUAUUUGAAGACCAAGCAAGUGGCUUACAUCAACCUUCCUUUUAUACAAAUUAGUUUGGAAAUUAAUUUUUCUUGAUACUGUUCAGUCUUAAUGUCUAAUAUGGCCUUCAUCCUGGAAUGCAGUACAUCAUGAUUCUCAUUCUCCUCUACGAUGGUUAAACUCUGAAAAUACUCUGUAUAAUACUAAAACAAUUGGAAUCUGCUUUUGCCAGUUAUAAGUAUGGAUUCUCUGAAGCUGCAAAGCAAAAUCAGUGUUACUUAUCUACUGUUACUCACAAAUGUUAAUCCUUUCUCAGGAACUUGGGUGAUUUGCCACUGCUCAUGGCACCUCUAAAGGUUUAGAUGGGUUCUGACAUAAUGCUCUUGAUUUACAGCUACACUCCUAUGUAAACUCAUUUCAAGUAUUGUAUGACUAUAUUGGGUCAAGUUACUGUUUGCAAUAUGCAUUAUGUAGUACACUGUAGACAGUAACUAAAGAUUCUUUAUAGUCAUCCUUUGUCUCCUGUGGCAUUCCUCCCUGCCUUGUAUCUUUCAUCCAUUUACUGUGGUGAUUUUUUUUUUCUGUUAGCUAUCUAAGCUCUUAACUUUUUAUUGUGUUUAAUUUUCAAUUCUGUUUUUAAGUAAUGUUUUUCUAGUAGCUCAUGAAGUUUAACAAUGUGACUUUUGUAGUUAUGCUACACUACAUUAUGAUAAAAACUGUUCUGAUUGCUCCAUUUCUGUUGUACCACUGUAGUUGAUAUUACUUGUGCAGUCCCCACCCUUGUCUAGUGAUAUGCCUUCACUUUACUACUAACCAAACACCUUAGUGGUUUAAACCCUUAACAUCCACAUUAUUCCUAUCUUCACAGAUCUUGUUCCUCAACUUUUUAGUUCACAUUGGAAAACUGAUUUUCAGUUAUGUCUCAUCUUCAAAACAUUCUCAUUCCUGUUCAUUUUUGGGAUCUAGUUCCCAGUCUCACAGUCUCAUGUGAAGCUACUAAUGGAGAACUAGGUAAUGUAUAUGGGUUGGAUGUGUUUCAUUGCUUAAAAAUGGGUCUGUAGUUUUCCUUAACCUUAUUUGAUAUGAUGCAAUUCCCCAGUAAUAUUCAUGGAUUUUGAAUUUGCAUUCAUAUUUAUCAUCAUUUGGUUUUAGAUGUAAAAGAAUCUGUAGGAAGGAUCUCCUCUCUGAGGAGCUCCUGAUUUAUGUGGGACUAGAUUCCCUUUGGAAUACCAUUUUAGAAUUGAGCAACUCCACACAUCACUUGAUUGCUGGAUUGGAGGCUCCCAUCUAAUCUGCACUGUUCUGCAGCUGGUUAGCUUUCCGCACACUGUUCUUGAUGACUAAAAUAAAGCUCUUCAACCUAAUCAGUUCCAUUGUUAAACUGGGUGGCUCUCUGCAUACAAUUCUAAUCAGCACUGUUCUAAAACUCAUUAGCUAUACAUACACCGUUCUUAAUUGCUGAAUAAAUGAUUCCAUCUCAUCAGUACUUUUUAAAAUCCAGCUAGCUCUUCAUGCAACAUUCUUGAUUGCUGAAAUUAUGCUCCUAACCUAAUUAGUAAUUCUAAAAUGGGGUGGCUCUCCAUGCAUCACUUUUGAUUGCUGAAUGUCAGUGGCAUGAGUGAUUUUGGUUGCCCAACAUUUUGUACAGGAUAACAUCUGUCAAAUUAAAAGUGGGAGGAUGAAUGCCAUGUUUUGGCAGAAGGUUAGGAAUAGGAUAAGGUUAAAUAUUUCAGUUAAAGAAGCAAUAAAAUUACUUGUUUAAGAAAGUGCUGGAAUGCUGGUGAAUCAUAGUAACAGAAAAAAGAAAAAAAAUUAUUGUAUAUAGGGUCUGUACUUCUGUAAGCAGCAAAGGCAAUUCCAUUUGUGAAGAUGAAAAUUCUGAAGAAAAUUCAUUUCAAAAUUUUGAGAUUCUGGUUUGAAUUCCAGUAGAAGAUACUGAGAGAUGAGGUUUCCUAAAGGCCUGUUCACGCGAUCAGGCCUGAUCGUGGACCUCCCCUCUAACGGGCACACUUGACGGGCAAAGCGUCAAAUUGCCCGAUGGGUCUUGCAGCAAAAUCACCAUGGUGGUGCCCGAUGGAUUGAGCUUCGACCCUGGCAGACGUACGUUAACCGUAUGCAUUUCUUUUACUGAGCCAUUUUUUGCACCAUAUUCUCUUCUUUUUCAUCACACACAAAGCAAUUAUCAUGCUACACAAUAUCUUCUUCUUUGUGGUAGGCACCAUGUUUAUCGUACCGCACUGAACACACUAUACUGGCAUCGUCGGGCACGCCCACCUUUCCAUCGCCUCACCCGUGUGGAUAACAUUCAUGGGUAAGCCUGCCAGAAUUUGCCCGUCAACCCCGGAGCACGCCGAUCAGGCCCGCUCGUGUGGACAGGCCUCAAGACAGGGAAAUAGACACACACAGUAUUCCAAAUCUAGGGAUAAGCACUAUUACAAGCUGCCAUUUGCACUCAUUUUUGUUUACAUUGAUGAUGAUUCCAAAGGUAUAUCCUGCUCUAUGAAGAUUAUAUUUUCUUUGAGAAAUAAUUUUUAUGGUUAUUUCCUCAAAGCCUGACCUAUACAGUUGAAGAAGUAAAAGCUGGUGAAGAGGAUGUUGCACAUUAUUUUGAAUUUUGCAAAAUUAGUAAUUGGCAUCUGUGGAUGAAAGUGUUUCCAUUUUGCCUGCAGUGUCUAGGAUUGUAACUCCUAUGUCUGUCUGUCUGAUAUGAUAGAGUUCUCAUUCAUUAAUACUGGUUCACCAGUGAAGAAGGAAUGGUAAGUUUGGCAUCUGCAUUUGUCAAGGUGACAAAUUCAGGUCAUAAAGAAACUAUUUGAAAUGAAAUUUCAGAUCACAAUGAAAGAACUGAGUGAACUCUAUCAACUUGGGAAUUUUCUUUGAUUUGAUGGUGUUUUAACUUGAGGAUGUUUCUGCUUCCAAAUUAGCUGAUUUCAUCUCUUUAUGUCUGUCAUGCGCAGAUAUACAGUAUGUACUACUAUGUAGUAGGGUUGUGGUAUCAUUAGAAAGAAAAGGAGAUAUUUUUCCAAAGGUGGAAAGGAACUAGAAUCUGAGAGAUGACAUUUUGUUGUACUGCAGUAACUGACAUUAACCAUUGCACAUUAUAAACUCUCUCUUUGACAACAUACAGCAACACCUAAUCAGACCCCUGGAUAAUUAAACCUGGCAUUGAGAGCUUUGGCUAUCGGAAUGGAUUUACGUGUAUUGACUUGGCGAAUAAAUAAGUGUCAAUGCAAGGUGCAGUGACUUGGAUAACUAUGGUUGUAUGGGUAGUCAGAUGCCAAUAGUAUUUGUGGGGGAUGUCUACCACAACUAUAGCAAAUAGCUCAAAUCCAUGAAUACUUAUAACCACUCUAAAAAUGCUUAGAAAUGCCUAUUUUGAUAGUUCAAACACAAAAAAAACACUAAAAAUACUUAUACCUGAGUAUUUUAAUAGUUUUAUCACAAAAAGUGCAUCUAGUCAUGAAAAUUAUAUGAAAAUACAGUAAUGAGUGAAUAUUUCUUGGUGAAAAAUACUGCAAACAGGCGAAUUUUCAGCAAAUAAUGUGUACAUUUACUUGUUCCACAGAGGAAUCCGCAAAUAGGCGAGUCCACAAAUAGUGGGGGUUGAGUGUACAUAAGAGGUGGCUGCAUGGUGAGUGGUCAUACUCAGAUAAUUGCUAUAACUUACUAGAAAUGAUUAUACUUGAGUACAAAGCCUACUUUGCAUUUUUCCCAAUCAAGAAUCCUGUAUUUGGAUAUUCAAGGGGUCUGUUGUUAGAUCAUUGAGCAAAAUUUUGGUUCAAGGACUACACACUUUAUUUAGAUAUGAAAACUAAGUUGGGAAAUGUUGCAAUUAGACAGCCAAGUGAGCAGAGAACAAUGAAAAUAGACUAAAGACAGUGAGCAAUGUGGAUGAGGUCAUAUGGCUCUUCACUAAUGACAGCAGUGAACUAAUCAAGGAUAACUGUAAACCCUUUCUCUCUCUGGUGUUUGGGUUUCAAAGGAAUGCGUCUAAGACUGCACACUAACCAUUGCUUUUAUUAUAUGCUGAGCUUACCUCCAGUACUAAUAACUGUGCCUAGAUUUAAUGACUGCCCUUGUUGACUCCAACUGAUUUUUUAGAAAUACAGAAGUUCCAGGAAAUUCUUCAAAAAGGGAAGUUCCAGGAAAUUCUUCAAAAAGGGACUGACUUUUUAUUUGCUUCCAGUGAAUAAAAUCUUCCACUUUUUCAAGCAAUAUCCAUUAUGCUAAGGUGAAUAGAAACAUUUGUAAAUACAGUACAUAACGUGAAAAUGAUAUACUGGAGAGAUGAUUUAUGACACAGGCAAUUCACGCCUUGUAAAUACGUAUAGCACAGAGUAUUAUGUGUUACCCAAAAUUGUACUGGAAGAGUAAUGUUACCUUUACUUUUAGUCAAUAUAAAGCUGCGAGGUUUACAAUUGUACGGUAUAAUUAAUUAAUAUACAGCUGUGACCUUUAAAACAAGGUUUUUUGGUCUUAAUGGAAUAUGGAUAAGAUAACUGGUCAUGUUAUGAGUGACAUCAAAAUUAAAGGAAUGCAAAACUAUUUUGUGAAUUGCAACAUUUAAUCAUGAAAUGUAAGGUUCUCUAAACAAGGCUUUAAAUCUUGCUUUAAUACCGUCGAAAGUUAGCGAAGGAAUUUUCCUUUGCAGAAGGAUGUAUUUGUGAAAUGUAUGUUAAAACAUUAUCAAUAAGUUGCUAAGAUUGCACCCACACGAAUUAUGGUAAAUACUAAUUGUUUUGUGUUGUGAAUUUUGUAUAUUGUUGUAAUGUAUUUGGUGGCAAGAUGUUUUAGUGUUAAAAGUUGAUUUUGUAUGAGUUUUAAGUUACAGUAGGUUACUGUGUUAUCACUUCUGCUUCUACAUGAAAAUUUAGAUAAUAACUAAGUAACAGCAUAACUAACAUUUAGGAGAUAUUUUUACUUACAGUAAGUACAGUGAUCAAGUGCCCCAGGUUGUGUACAGAUACUGUAAUUUACUGGGGAUUGCAAAUGAAUCUUGAAUUUCAAUUUUUAUAGUUCCUCUGGGGUGUAGCAUCAAUUGAAAAAAGAACAUUACUGACCUGGCAGAUUAAUAGAUAAGAGCAAGUUAUCCCUCAAUCUGUUGCUACUCUGGGUAGCGUAACACAUCUCGUCGUAAUCCGUCAUAUCCCAUUGCAUGAAUAGUAGUGCCUUUGGAUUGUCUAUUUAGUAGUGACUGACGAGGGUAUUAGGCAUAUUCAAUGAUUAGUAACUAUUAAGCCAGGAGGAGGAAAAGCCUUUUUCUUUUAGGGCUAAAACUAGUUGUAAUAAAGUGGUAAGACAAUGUAUGUGAUACCCAUCCAUCAGUUUUAUUUUCAUCAGUUAAAUGCUCUGUACAUUUACGUAGGUUAUUUUACAAAGGGAACUAUAUAGUAUGUAACUUUGGGGAUUUAUCUCGGAAUUUUUGUUUUGUUUUCUCGCCCUCUCUUGCUUUGUCUCAUGUUUGGUGAAUUUUCUGCACAGGUUCUACUCAUCAGGUAACUUAGAUUGAUGAUUUACAAUGACCUAAUAUUUCAUUUCACAUAUUCCUUCAAAAAUUCACAGUUCCAGUUCUACUGUAUCACUCGUUUGAUAAAUGCUAUCCAGCAAUCUUUACCAAGAAUGGGACUUAUCAUGUUUUAGCAGAACUGAUUGUGCUAAAUAGACUUUGUAAUCAGUAACUUAAAUCAUUUAACUAGAAUUUUGGUAGGACCCUAAAAGAACAGUGAAGGUGAAGCACAGGUAACAGAGUUGUAUAAUCUUAGCCUUAAUUCUAAUUUUUCACAUUCACAUAAGUACUACUCUGAGAGGUUUUUUCCUAUACGUACAGUAUACCUUUACUAAGAAUGGCAGCUGUCAUUGCCAUAUACUAUUCCUUUCUUUCAUGUUGCAAAUAUUUUGCAGACUGGCAGAAUUGCAAGAGAUUUGCUUGUAGAUAUUUAUUCUUGCAAUUUUUUCUGUUCACGAUGUAUAAUGAAAUAGACAAUACCAUUGAUGA